AUGAGUGAUUAUUUAAGUGAUACAAGUGAUACUGACCCUUUCCAUAACUCAGAUGAUAGUGACAAGGACCCUGACUAUGUAGAUUCAAGUGAUAACGAAAAUAAUCAAGGAUUCACAGCACAAGCUCCUAGUUCAACAACUGAUACUUCCGAAGAUGAAUUUGAUGAAGACCAAGCAGGGCCAUCCAGACCACAUGUUACUACAUCCAGAACUGAUACUUCUCAUAUUACUGCCAACGACGAGAUUAUUGAAAACGAAGCCGAAAACAACGACGCCGGAAUGGAAACUAAAACUAAGAAAAGAAAAAGAAGGCCUGAAAAAUGGAAGAAAAAUAUAAAUAAACUAAAAAGAAAUUCAGGCAAACAGUAUAUUAAUAAAAAGGGUAUAGUUGUCUCGGAAAAGAGGUUGGGUCCUAGAUGUCAGUGCCGUGGGAAAUGUUUUGAUAUUUUAACAGAAGUUGAGAAAAACACAAUAUUUGGAAACUUUUACUCCAUGCAAGAUAAAAAUAUUCAGGACUCAUACUUGGGUGCACUUAUAGAUGUGAAAAAGGUAGUAAGGAGAAGAAAAACCACUGAGGUUGAAAAAAAAAUCUAUUCCUAUUACUACCACGUCAAAGUAGGCCCUAAAAGUGUGAAGGUUUGCCGUAGAGCCUUUUGUAGCCUGCAUGGAAUACAUAAGUCACGUGUUUUGAGGAUUUGUCAUUCUAGGGCCUCUGGAUCCUUGCUUGAGAAAGAUAAGCGUGGAAAACAUCAGAAUAGACCGAACAAAGUUCCUGACGAAGUGGUUGCUACAGUAAAAAAUCACAUUGAAAGUUUCCCAGCACGCGAGUCCCACUAUUCCAGAAAUAAAAAUAAGAAAAAAUUUCUGCCCGCUGAGUUAAAUGUAAAAAAAAUGUAUGAGCUUUACUUAGAAAAGUAUGAUUUUGACCAAUAUUCUCUGUUAAAAAACCAUCAAAAAAUCAAGCCCAAGGUUACAUAUGAUUUUUACUAUCGUUAUUUUACGCAAAACUAUAACUUAUCCUUCGGAUAUCCCAGAAGUGACACCUGCUCUUCUUGCGACGUAAUGAAAAUUCGUAUUGAAGCUGCCUCGACAGAGGAAGAAAGAAGGGAAUUAACAGUCCAGAAGGAAGUGCAUCUUCCCAAAGCCCAAGCAUUCUAUGAUGACUUAAAAGAAAAAUCAGAACUAGCAGUAACCGAUCCCUCUGUCGAAACGAUCUGUUUUGAUUAUCAGCAGAACCUACCACUUCCUGUUUUGACGACUGGUGACAUAUUCUAUGCAAGGCAAAUAUGGGUUUACAACCAGAUGUUCCAUUCCUGCUCAAACAACCAAUCAAAGACUUCCGUAAUAAAGAAAAAACCAUUCACCAUUUCAAAGUAUAGGAUCUUCAUCUAUGAUUCUGUUCAACCUGAUCAAGUGCUUGUUACAGAAACUCACAAUAUUGCUCUUGUCGUCGGAUAUCCUUUGUAUAAAUCUCCAGGUACCAAAAUCGAUUUACAUGUGGCUCCUUUAACAUACCAUGAGAAGUUAGCCUUAAAAACCAAAAAGUAUGACAGCAUAAUGCCUAUUGUCAAAAAAUAUGUUCCACCUAUUUAUUUGGAAUAUUAUAAUACAAUAAAACGGGCAGCAGAUGAGAAUAAUGCCGAAGAUUCCGAUUGA